CCGGUGCAACCCAGCGACGCCCACGGCCGCCGUUCGCUGCCCGCCUCGGUGCUGCAGACCCCGGGCCGAGCCAUGGCCGAGGGGGUGCCUGCCUCGCCGUCGAGCGGCAUCGUCCAGUGUUUGGUCGACAACUUCUGCGUUCACGAAGGGUGCAGUGUGCCUCCCUGUCUCAUGUAUGAGAUUUACGUGGAGUCCUGUGGGCAAAAUGCUGAGAACCAAGUCAACCUGGCCACCUUUGGGAAGUGUGAAGAUCAUUCACCGAUGAAGACAGAUCCAGUUGGAUCCCCUUCGUCUGAAUUCAGGAGAUGUCCAUUUUGGGAGCAAGAACUGGCAAAAAAACACUCCUAUAAAAUGAUGGCCUUCCUUGCUGACAAAUACUGUAACUAUUGUCGAGACGUUUUACUCAAAGUAGAGGACUUGCUCACUUCCUUCUGGAAGUCUCGGUCGCGAGACACAGUCAUGCUGAUGUCAUUGCCUGAUGCGUGCCAGCUCUUCAAGUGCUACGACGUCCAGCUGUACAAGGCAAUUGAGGAUGUUCUUCUUCAUGACUUCUUGGAAGAUGUUUCUAUUCAGUACCUGAAAUCUGUGCGGCUAUUUAGUAAGAAAUUUAAGCUGUGGCUUCUUAAUGCUCUGGAAGGUUUUCCAGCCUGCUUACAGAUCUCCAAACUCAAAGAAGUUACUCUAUUUGUCAAAAGACUAAGAAGAAAGACGUACCUUUCCAACAUGGCUAAGACUAUGAGAAUGGUAUUGAAAAGUAAGAGGCGAGUCGGUGUUCUGAAGUCGGAUCUGCAGGCCAUCAUUAAUCAAGACACUUUGGCUACUUCUAAGAAAGCCCUGGCAAGUGACCGGAGCAGCACAGAUGAGUUGGAGAACAACCCAGAGAUGAAAUGUUUAAGAAACUUAAUUUCUUUGCUGGGAACAUCAACAGAUCUCAGUGUAUUCCUCAGCUGUCUGUCUUCAUAUCUCCAAGCAUUUGUGUUCCAGCCAAGCAGAAGCAAAGAAGAGUUUCUCAAAUUGGCCGCCAGCUUCCAGCUGAGAUGGAAUCUUCUUCUCACUGCUGUGAGCAAAGCCAUGACGCUCUGCCAGAGAGAUAGUUCUGGUUCCUGGCAUCUGUUUCACUUGCUGCUUUUGGAAUAUGUGAUUCAUAUACUUCAGUCAUGCCUAGAGGAGGAAGAGGAGGAGGAGGACAUGGGGAAUGUCAAGGAAAUGCUACCAGAUGACCCGACUCUCAGCCAGCCAGACCAGGCACUUUUCCACCCUCUGAAUUCCUCGCUGUCCCAGGCGUGCAGCCCCAGCGUGGAGCCACUGGGGGUGUUGCUGACACACAUGGGCCAAGGCCAAUAUCUCACGGGUGUGAGCAAUGUGGUCCUCAGGAUCCUGGGCUUCCUGGUGGACACUGCCACGGGCAAUAAGCUCAUCCAGGUGCUGUUGGAAGAUAAAGCCACUGACAGCGCAGUUAAACUCACCCUUCCUAUGGGACAAGAAGCCCUCGUAACCCUAAAGGAUGGACAACAAUUUGCAAUUCAGAUAUCAGAUGUACCCCAAAACUCUGAAGACAUUUAUUUCAGAGAAAGCAAUGCUAAUGUGUGA